GUAGAGGUGGAGAUGGAUGCAGCGGCGAGGAAACCCAGCUUCCUUUUUUAAGAAUCAGUGUGAGCAAGGGAGCAGGGCCACGUUAUUUUGGGGAGACUUUGUCGCACUCCCCCUCCCCGGGGUAGGUAGCAUCUGGGAUGUGUGCGCCCUGUUCAUAAUCCCCCAUGGAGAGACGCUGGCUGCUGCAGCCGGCAGUAACCCGACCUCGCCGGCGCAGGGACUGAAGAGGCGCCGGGGAAAGCAGCGAGAGGUGAACAAAAGCCCUCGGCGUGGGGGCCGGAGCCCGGACCUGGGGGACUCCAACAAAGGACGAGACUCAGCUAUGGUGGACCCGGUGCCAGAAGAGGAGAAAGAGGGAGCGGAGCCUGGUGGCUCAGAAGGGGAUGGGGCUACAGCGUCCGUGCCCCCCGAUGCCCAGGGAGUUGCCCAACAACCUGCUGCCUCCUCGGCCUCAGCCUCCGCCGCAGCGCCCCGCAAGGCUGAAGUCCCCUGCGGGGCAGAAGGUGGGCGCCGGGAGCAGUCCCCGCUGCUGCACCUCGAUCUCUUCAACUUCGCCUGCCCCGAGGCUGAGGGCAGCCGCUACGUCCUGACCAGCCCCCGCUCGCUGGAGGCAUGUGCCCGCUGUGCGGUCAAGCCAGUGGAGCUGCUGCCCCGGGCCCUGGCUGACCUGGUGCGCGAGGCCCCGGGCCGCUCCAUGCGCGUGGCCACGGGCCUGUACGAGGCCUACGAGGCCGAGCGGCUCGCCAAGCUGCAGCAGUGCCGUGCCGAGCGCGAGCGCAUCAUGCGCGAGGAGAAGCGGCGCCUGUUCACACCCAAGGGCCCCGCUGCAGCCCCGGCCCCGGCCUCGGCGCUGAGCGCGGGCAGCAGCAGCAGCUGCAGCAGUGGCAGCAGUCUCCCGGCCUCGCCCGCAUCGCGGGUGACUCGAAGGACUUCACCCAGUCCCCCCGCCAGGACCCGACCUCCGCCCGCCGCGGCUCGGACAGGUAGGAAGAGCCAUUCGCUGGACUCGCUGUCCCGCCGGCGGGACGGUGCCCUCAGCUCCGAAUCCGGCGCCUCGUCCUCGGGGUCCUACAGCGGGGAGAGCCUGCGGGAGCUUCGCUGGCCACCUCGAGCUUCCGCCAGGCACAGCUACCCUGCGGGGUCCGCGUCGUCUGCACCCAACCCUCUGGGCCGCCCUUCGGCUCUCGAUCUGGCGCCACUCACGGCUCGCAGCUUCAGCCUCGGCGACCUGAGCCACUCGCCGCAGACCGCUCAGCACGUGGAGCGCAUCGUGCGCCAAGUGCGCGCGGAGCGAGGCCUGCGAGGGGUCCCCGAGCGCGACCGCAAGAUCGCCGCCCUCAUGCUGGCCCGACACCAGGAGGAGCGCCUGCUGCUGGAGCAGCGCGCCGCCGCCCACGGCCAGUGGGAGCAACAGCGUGUGCGCGCCGAGCAGCGGCGGGAACGCGAGGAGCGCGAGAAGCAGCGCGCGCUGGAGCAGGGCCGGCGCGCCUGGGCGGCGCAGGUGGAGGAGCGCCGGGGCCGCCGGGGCCGGGAGGAGCGCGAGGCGGCGCGGAGGCGGCAGCAGCAGUGCGAGCGCAGCGAGGAGCGGCGGAGGGAGCUGGCGGAGCGCCAGGGCCUGCUGCGGCGGGAAAGGGCGGAGCGCGCGGCGCGCGACGACCGGCAGCGCAAGCUGCAGCAGGAGCAGAACCUGAAGCAGCGCGAGGAGGGCCUGCAGGAAGGGCGGGAGCGCGCCGAGCUGGCCCGCCGGGAGCGCGCCCAACGGGCGGCGCGGGCCAAGCAACGCCAGGAGGGGCAGCUGCGGCGGGAGAAGCGGGAGCUGAGCCGGGCCGAGCGGGCGCGCCACGAGGCGCUGCUUCGAGGCCGGGUCCGGCAGCAGCACGAGGAGCGGGAGGGCCUGCGGAGCUCCCUGGAGGCCAGCUUGGGCCGCGCGCAGGAGAACUAUGAGCAGCUGCAGGAGCAGCGCGCCCGGGAGCUUCGGGAGCGAGCCCGGAAGGAGGAGCUGCAGGGUAGGCGGGCCAAGGAGGCGGCCGAGCGCAAAGAGCGCGAGCAUCAGGCGCACUUGGAGGCGCUGGCGCGGGCCGGCGAGCGACGGCUGCAGCACGCGGCGCAGGUGGCCGAAGAGGCGGUGCAGCAGAAAGCCCGGCGCGUGGUUCAGACUCGCCUGGAGAAGGAGAGGACCCAGCGAGCCAACAAGGAGAAGGUGGAGCGCGACGAAGACUGCCGCCGCCGGGAGCUGCUGCAGGCCAUCGGGCGCAAGCUGGAGCGCAGCGAGCAGCUGUCUCGGGAGAGGCGAAGCGCGCUGGAGAGCGCUCGCUCCACAGCCCGGGCCUCUUUCCACGUGCGGGAGAAGGUGCGGGAGGAGACCAACACGCGCUCAUUUGACCGCAUGGUGCGAGAGGCCCAGCUACAUGCCAGCCUGGACCGUAAAUGACAGCUGCCCUGUGCGCAGGCCAUACUGCUUUAUAGAGCCAGGCGGGGCCUCCCUUAGCCUCUUGGACCAAACUCUAGGCAUCUCCAGUCCGGGGACCAUACCAUGAACUCCCCAGACUAAUGAACCAUGAGACAAUGAGAAGCCAGACGUGGUAAUUUUCCGUCUGCCACCGUUGCUUUACAGACUUACAUCGUUUGGAAAUGACACGGCACAAUUUACCCACAUCCACCUGUGUCUUUGGGUUGGAAUAGAAAAUAGCUGGGGAGGGGAGGGUCCCCCUAGGAGGGAGCACAGAGGUAAAUGGUGGGUUUUCUGCCACAGGUGUCGGUGUCUUGGACAUCUUUCUGACAUUUGUGUCUAAGAUGACUUUCACUUGCAGGAGCCGAGGAGAUAUAGCCCAGACUCACCUCUCUCUUCCAAAAUACAAGUUGCACAGAACUUAAAGUCUCCCAAGAAAGCACAGCUCUUCGAAGAUGUUAGUUCAUGCACAAAGAACCACAAAAGCUAUGGUUUUGAGCACUGGACUGUUAAUCGGACACCUGAACAAAUUCUUCUGUUCCCAUAAUCUUUUUCAGUUGAGUCCCUAGGCUUUCUAGUUAGACAAUCGUCUGCAGAUAAUAAUCAUUUAUUCUCCCACAUGGCAUGGGAAAUGGGUUGGAUUGGUGAUGCUGUUUAGCUUUCAUGGAAGCCCUCCAUCCCCUCACCUCCCCGGAGGUGGUAGUUUCCUUAGGCAGCAGUGUUCCACCCCGUGAGGCUUCCGUGGAUGGUGAUGUAGUUCAGUGGAGGCAGUGUCUGAUGGCCACAUCCCUGUGUGGGGCCAGCUCCUGCAGUCAGAAGCUAUUGCCUUACGAAGCAGAGCUACCUUCUGUGCCUGCCCAGGCCACUCUUGCCUAAAGCUCCAGCCUUGAAGUCUCAAGGGUGAAACCCUGAGGAAUCUGGAGUGCGUAGGAUUCCCUCUGUGAAAUAGUUUGGUGCCCGGAGGACAAUUUAGCAUCCUUGGCUGCACGGCUGUGGCGACUGAAGGGCUAGAAUUGCCUCUGCGUUGUGUUGUGCUGGUGUUGGUAGGGUAUCACUCUUCCCUAGGAAAGUAAGAGUCUUCCCUCUUUAAAUUCCUGGUACCCUCUCAUUUAUACCUGAAGUAUUUAAUCAGUCUCUUGGUGCCUCACCUUUCCCAUCUGCCAGAUGGGACCAUCAGAACUCUUCUGGUACCUCAAGGUCUCCUGGAUCCAAAGCACCACUACAGUGUUGUUUGUUGGUUUCCGUUGUGCCUUUCUUGACCUGGAGUUGGGAGGCAGGAGGACUGCUUUGAGCCUAGUUUGUUUCUGGUAAUGUGGAUUCCUGGCAUUAGACAGGGUAGUUCUUCACAGAGAGAUGAUCAUUUAGUGUGUGAGGUGUGUGUGUGUGAGGCUUGUGUGCGUGUGUGGCGGAGGUACUUGCAAAGCCAAGCCACUUCCUGGUCAAAAGGUUCAGUUAUCACUAGGCAGUUUUAACUCAUACAGUGCUCCUUCCACGAAGCUGAAACUGACCCCACUCUUAUCCGCCUCUCGGUUGUGACUUCACCAGGUAAAGUGGAAAGUCAACCAACCCUUUUUGUAUUAAUCAAGGUCAGGAAGUAAAAAAAAAGUACCAAAAAGACAGGAAUCAGGGUAGAGAUGUCCUGCGUUAGAUGUGUUUUGUGUGUGUUCUGCUGGCAGAGUCGUCCCUAAAGUGACAGGUUAUUGCCCACAGCCCUCAUCGACCCUACCCCAUCACGUGCUAAGAGUAGUCUUGUGUCGCAGACAGCCGUGCUUAGGUAUCACGUGUGAGAUAACGUGAAACCUGGAAAGGAGCUAUGUACCAAGGCUUGUUCCUUGAAUGGGUGGUUUUCCCCUCACAUUCCCUUCUUGUCGGGGAGCUGUAAUAACUGGUGUUGUCUCUGAGACAGGAGCAUUUACUAAAAAGUGAAUGUGACUAUGGAUCUUUGAUCUUGUGGUUCCUGAGUUGCUUCUGAAAUCCUUGUAGAAUGCACCAGCCUCAAAACGACUUUCCUCAGAGUAUGAGUGUUUGAGGUCUGAUGCUGUGAGCCAAGCACUGGGAGGC